CCCAGACAGCUGGGUGUCACGUCACGUGAUGUGACGUGUAACCAGCAUGGCGGCGCUGAGUUGAGGUAGCGACUCGACUUGAGUGACACCGCUAGCCUGGCUUUCGUUAGCUUUCCUUGUCAACGCCAAGGGCCAGGCCGAGAAUGACGGCCUGAGAGAGGAGCGGUAACGACACCGAGAGAUGCAGCAACAACAACACCGGCCACCACCACCGCAGCAGCAGCACUCGAAGGCAGAAAACAGUAAAACCAAGAGCAUGUUUCUGUCUCGGGCGCUGGAGAAAAUCCUCUCGGAUAAGGAGGUGAAGAGGAGCCAGAACAGCCAGCUGCGUAAAGCCUGCCAGGUGGCGCUCGAUGAAAUCAAGGGAGAGCUUGAAAAACAAAAGGAUGGAACAGUGGUCCCACCCAGAGCCAACUAUAUCGAGGCGGACAAAUAUGUGCUGCCCUUCGAGUUGGCCUGUCAGUCCAAGUCCCCCCGGAUAGUUAGCACCUCUUUGGACUGUCUGCAGAAGCUGAUCGCGUACGGCCACAUCACAGGCAAUGCCCCGGACAGCAGGACCCCGGGCAAGAGGCUCAUCGACCGGCUGUUGGAGACCGUCUGCAACUGCUUCCAGGGCCCGCAGACCGACGAGGGAGUCCAGCUACAGAUCAUCAAGGCCCUGCUGACGGCGGUGACCUCCCCUCACAUAGAGAUCCACGAGGGCACGGUGCUCCUCACUGUCAGGACCUGCUACAACAUCUACCUGGCCAGCCGCAACCUCAUCAACCAGACCACGGCGAAGGCCACUCUCACGCAGAUGCUCAAUGUUAUCUUCACACGCAUGGAGAACCAGGCUGCUCUCGAUGCUCAGGAGCAGGAGAAGGACCGGCUCUGUCUGCCCCAGCAGAACCCGUCCCCAGUGCCAGGUAAUCGGAGGUCUGGCUCCCCUCGGUCUGACCGGACGCCUACCCCGGAGCCCCAGGGCCCGCCGUCCCCGGCAGCCAGUUCUCCGGACCUCACUGUCGUCGACGCCACCAGCUCCUCGCCCCCGCCGCCAGCCCCUGACCUGGACCAGGACCAAGCGCCAGACACACCGUCAAUAAAUGGAGAACCUGAGGGCGGCAGCGCUCCGCUGAAUGGAGGAGCAGAACAGAUCACGCCUACCAGAGAUUCAGUUUUUGAAGUUGACGGUGUGGAGACACCUCCUGCAGAAGCUGAACCAGCUGAGGAAGUGGACAAACCAGGGACCAAUCCAAAUCCACCAGAGUCGGCGAUGACUGAAGCAGUGGAGAGAGAUCAACAGUCAACGCAGAUGCACAGUGGGACAGAAGGUGAGCACCCAGCCCACCCUCUCGAUGAGACAGAAGUGGCUCCCCCCAGAGUCAGAACAGAGGGUCAGCAGAUGAACGGCAUCAUUGAGGACCGCACUUCUGUUUCCUCCUCAGAUAUGCUGGAUGCUGAGGCCCUGCAGGGACCCCACGGUGCCGCCCGAUUCUCUCACAUCCUGCAGAAAGACGCCUUUCUGGUUUUCCGCUCUCUGUGCAAACUCUCCAUGAAGCCUCUGGCCGAAGGACCUCCGGACCCAAAGUCCCAUGAGUUGCGGUCCAAGAUUGUGUCCCUGCAGCUGCUGCUCUCCGUGCUGCAGGGUGCCGGACCGGUGUUUCGCACUCACGAGAUGUUCGUCAACGCCAUCAAACAGUAUCUGUGCGUGGCGCUGUCCAAAAACGGCGUCUCCUCUGUGCCGGAGGUCUUUGAGCUUUCGCUGGCUAUCUUCCUCACAUUGCUCUCCCACUUCAAGGUCCACCUUAAGAUGCAGAUUGAGGUGUUUUUCAGGGAGAUUUUUCUCACCAUCCUGGAGACUUCAACCAGCUCCUUUGAGCACAAGUGGAUGGUUAUCCAGACACUAACGCGUAUCUGUGCAGAUGCCCAGUGCGUGGUGGACAUCUACGUGAACUACGACUGUGACUUGAAUGCAGCCAACAUCUUUGAGCGGCUUGUCAGCGACCUGUCUAAGAUUGCUCAGGGCAGGAGCGGUCAGGAGCUCGGGAUGACUCCUCUGCAGGAGCUUAGUCUACGUAAAAAGGGUUUGGAGUGUCUAGUGUCCAUCCUCAAAUGUAUGGUGGAGUGGAGCAAAGACAUGUAUGUCAAUCCAAACCUUCAAGCAAACCUCGGCCAGGAGCAUCCGUCCGACAGCGACGGAGCAGAGCUGAAGCUCCCAGAGCUGCUGGCGGGGCGUCGAGACAGCAUCAGUUCUCUCGACUCCACCGUCUCCUCCACCAUGGCGCUGUCCCAGGCGGACCACCCCGAGCAGUACGAGGUUAUCAAACAGCAAAAGGACAUCAUCGAGCACGGCAUCGAACUUUUCAACAAGAAGCCAAAGCGAGGUAUCCAGUACCUGCAGGACCAGGGCAUGCUGGGCUCCGCAGCCGAGGACAUCGCCCAGUUCCUGCACCAGGAGGAGAGACUGGACACGACUCAGGUGGGAGAGUUCCUGGGCGAGAACAUAAAGUUCAACAUAGAAGUGAUGUACUGCUACGUGGACCAGUUGGACUUCUGCGGCCGGGACUUUGUCUCGGCUCUCAGAGCGUUCCUGGAAGGCUUCAGGCUGCCUGGUGAGGCCCAGAAGAUCGACAGGCUGAUGGAGAAGUUUGCUGCCCGAUACUUGGAGUGCAACCAGGGACAGACCCUGUUUGCCAGUGCAGACACUGCCUACGUGCUGGCGUACUCCAUCAUUAUGCUCACCACCGACCUGCACAGUCCUCAGGUGAAGAACAAGAUGACGAAGGAGCAGUACAUCAAGAUGAAUCGCGGCAUCAACGACAGCAAGGACCUGCCCGAGGAGUAUCUGUCUUCCAUAUACGAUGAGAUCGCAGGCAAGAAGAUCGCCAUGAAGGAGAGCAAAGAGUUCUCCAUCACCCCGAAGUCCACCAAGCAGAGUGUAGCCAGUGAGAAGCAGCGGCGUCUGCUGUACAACGUGGAGAUGGAGCAGAUGGCGAAGACCGCUAAAGCUCUGAUGGAGGCUGUCAGCCACGCCCAGGCCCCUUUCUUUAGCGCUACACACCUGGAGCACGUCAGGCCCAUGUUCAAGCUGGCGUGGACCCCACUGCUGGCAGCGUUCAGCGUGGGACUGCAGGACUGCGAUGACCCCGAGGUGGCCUCCCUGUGUCUGGAGGGCAUUCGAUGUGCCAUCAGGAUUGCCAGCAUCUUCAACAUGCAGUUGGAGCGAGACGCGUAUGUCCAAGCCUUGGCCAGAUUCACCCUGCUGACGGCCAGUUCCAGCAUCACGGAGAUGAAGCAGAAGAACAUUGACACCAUCAAGACCCUGAUCACUGUGGCCCACACCGACGGGAACUACCUGGGCAACUCCUGGCACGAGAUCUUGAGGUGCAUCAGUCAGCUGGAGCUCGCCCAGUUGAUCGGCACAGGCGUAAAGACGCGCUACAUCUCAGGGGUGGUCCGGGACAAGGAGGCCGGCAUACGGGGCCUUCCCUCCGGCACAGAGGAGUUCAUGCCCCUGGGCCUUGGGAACCUGGUGGGAAGCCAGGACAAGAGACAGAUGGCUCACAUCCAGGAGUCAGUAGGAGAGACCAGCUCUCAGAGUGUGGUGGUAGCUGUGGAUAGGAUCUUCACUGGUUCCACCAGACUAGAUGGAAAUGCAAUUGUGGACUUUGUGCGGUGGCUGUGCGCGGUGUCCAUGGACGAGCUGGCCUCAGCACACCAGGCCAGGAUGUUCAGCUUGCAAAAGAUUGUGGAAAUCUCCUACUAUAACAUGAACCGCAUCAGGCUGCAGUGGUCUCGAAUUUGGCAGGUCAUAGGAGACCACUUCAACAAGGUGGGCUGUAACCCCAAUGAGGAUGUAGCCAUCUUUGCUGUGGACUCAUUGAGGCAGCUCUCCAUGAAGUUCUUGGAGAAAGGAGAGCUGGCCAACUUCCGCUUCCAGAAAGACUUCCUCAGGCCUUUUGAGCACAUCAUGAAGAAGAACAGGUCCCCCACCAUCAGAGACAUGGUGAUCAGGUGUGUGGCUCAGAUGGUCAACUCCCAGGCGGCCAACAUCCGUUCAGGUUGGAAGAACAUCUUCUCAGUGUUUCACCAGGCAGCCUCCGACCACGACGAGACCAUCGUGGAGCUGGCCUUCCAGACCACUGGGCACAUCGUCACGAACACCUUCCAGGAGCACUUUGCCGCUGCUAUCGAUUCGUUCCAAGAUGCAGUGAAGUGUCUCUCGGAGUUUGUCUGCAACGCCGCUUUCCCUGACACCAGUAUGGAGGCCAUCAGACUCAUACGGCACUGCGCUAAAUACGUCUCAGAAAGGCCACAGGCCCUGAGGGAGUACACCAGUGACGACAUGAACGUUGCCCCUGGCGAUCGGGUGUGGGUUCGUGGCUGGUUUCCCAUUCUGUUUGAGCUCUCUUGUAUCAUCAACCGCUGCAAGCUGGACGUCCGGACCAGAGGUCUCACUGUCAUGUUCGAGAUCAUGAAGAGCUACGGUCUCACCUUCGAGAAGCACUGGUGGCACGACCUCUUCAGAAUCGUCUUCCGCAUCUUUGACAACAUGAAGCUCCCGGAGCAGCAGACAGAGAAAACCGAGUGGAUGACGACGACAUGUAACCACGCUCUGUAUGCCAUCUGUGACGUGUUCACCCAGUUCUAUGAGCCUCUCAGUGAAAUCCUGCUGGCUGACAUUUUCACACAGCUGCAGUGGUGUGUCAGGCAAGACAACGAGCAGCUGGCUCGGUCGGGGACAAACUGUCUUGAGAACCUGGUGAUCCUGAACGGGGAAAAGUUCAGCAUCGAGGUCUGGAACAUCACCUGCUCCUGUAUGCUGGAGAUCUUCCAAAACACCAGCCCUCACGCUUUGUUGACUUGGAGACCGGCUGGACAGGAAGAUGAAACUGCAGAUGGCAAACAUUUUGAGGCCGAUUUCGACAGCCUGUCCCAGAGCAGCUACGACAGAGCACUGUCUGAGAGAGGGCACAGUCAGAUGUCCAGCGACGACACCUGGAAGGGCAAGUCCAAUGCUAGAGUUUCGGACCAUAAGCUGUUUGCAGGGCUGCUGAUUAAAUGCGUCGUACAGCUUGAACUUAUCCAGACCAUAGACAACAUUGUGUUUUACCCAGCAACCAGCAAGAAGGAGGAUGCAGAGAACAUGGCCGCUGCACAGCGAGGCGCUCUGGAGGAGUCGGAGGCUGAGGGAGGCGAGGCGGGCUCAGAACAACAAGGCAUGUACAAACACAUGACCUCGGCACACCUCUUCAAGCUGCUAGACUGCCUCCUGGAGUCGCACACCUUCGCCAAGGACUUCAACUCCAACAACGAGCAGAGGACGGCACUCUGGAGGGCAGGCUUUAAAGGGAAAUCCAAGCCCAACUUGCUGAAGCAGGAGACCAGCAGUCUCGCCUGCAGCCUGAGGAUCUUGUUCAGGAUGUACUCUGACCUUCAGCUCCAGGCCUCUUGGUCAGACAUCCAGACACGCCUGCUGCUGGUGUGUAGUGAAGCUCUGGCCUACUUCAUCAGUCUGACCUCAGAGAGCCACAGGGAGGCUUGGAACAGCCUGCUGAUGCUGCUGCUCACCAGGACGCUGCGGCUGGCUGAUGACAAGUUCAAGCCCCAUGCUUCUUGCUACUACCCCCACCUGUGUGAAAUGAUGCAGUUCGACCUGAUCCCCGAGCUGCGGGCCGUCCUCAGGCGCUUCUUCCUGCGCAUAGGCUCCGUCUUCCAUAUCGCUGCGCCCGAGGGGACGGUGGCCCAAACGGCCACAUCCUAGAAUGAGCGGGCGUCGGGACGACGGAUGGAGCGCUUGGCGGUCGAUGGCGGGCGGGCACCGGCAACAGGCGACACACGUGGGAGCACUUACCCGCUCUUUUGGGACUGGAACCGAUUACAGAGGGUGAAGACAGACUGUAGCCCUUCGGUCUCAGUGCAUCAUCGCGUUGGGCCCUUCUGAUGCACUCAACCUACAAGGAAGUCUUUACCCUGUCCUUCCUCCCUACUUUCUCUCGGGGAUGAACAGCACUGUGACCGGCGUUCUGUGCUGACUGUCAUUCAUCAUUCUCCCCCCCCGCCCCCAGACUCUCAUCCCAACUUGUAAUGACAAGAACUGUAAACAAAUAAUUUAUUGAUAUUGUACCUGAUUAUCUUUCCUUAAAUACUUCACACAAAAAGUAUAUAUCGACAUGCUGAAAGCAAAUGAACGAUACCGGGGAAUUUCAUGAAUUUUACAUUUGCGGCUUUGCGAAAAAUCUCUCGGCCACCUGUGCCUGUCGGAAAACAAUGACGCCAUCAGUGUCGCCCCUUUAAUGUGAGUUUGGUGAUCUACUCAAAGUAUGUAAUAACUCAUGUAUCGAAUGCCCGUCCCAAAGCAUUGUUUGUCACUUUAACCUUUUGUGUUCCCUCUCAUGUCUGUUAUUCCGCAGCGGGCUUGUGCCGUUUCUUUUAAGAGGCGGAAACUCUCAACCGGCAUCUCUUACAACACUAUCAAAGAUCUAAUGUGGCUUUGUUUGACGUCUCCGUGACACAGCCGCCCUGUCGUCUUUAUGAUUCCUUGUCAAUGAGAUUUUACUUAUUUAUUUUUGCUCACUUGCUUUAAUUUGUUUUAUGAUCAUUUGUUCAGGAUAAUCGCCGGUUUACAAUGUAAGGUUGGUUGGAAAAACUGUCUGCUACUUCCCUCUGCCAUGCAUUCCUUUGUCUGUUGGCCCAGUAAGCCUUACACUGAAGGACUCAACGUGGAGGCAACUCCUCCUCGCUUUAGAUUUACAGCCGGCUCAUAAAAUCCUCCGCUAAUCCAUCAAUUGGCCCAGAAAGGUGACUCAGCGGGUGUCUGUUUCCCACACUCUUUUUGCACAUCUGUUGCCUAAGGUUUACUCAUGUAUUAACACCACGCAGUGUACCAACUGGCUCCGGGUGGUUGGAAAGCCCGUCAGUGUUGUCGCAUUCGACAGUAAGUUCCACCACAGGGAGGGUCAGGAACGUCUAGAGAUACUGGAAUCUCUGGAUCCUGGAUCCUUCAUAGUUUAUUCCAUGCCUUUUUUUUUGUUAAAAGAAGGAUGUAUGUAAUUAUUUAAAGUGCAUUUAAAUAUUUUUUGAGAAGCAUUCCUUCCGUCGCAACAAUGGAUGUCUACUUUUCUUCCCUAAAGCUAGGGAAUAUAUAAAUAUAUAUAUGCAUUUACACAGUAAAUGAAAAGAGCAGACUGUAAAGUUUUCAAUGUAAGAUACAUAGAAAUGAAAGUGCUAUACAGUUCUAUAAUAUUGUGAUGUAAUCUUCCAAACAUUUGGUGAAAUCAAUAAACCUGAACUCUGAUCCAC